AUGGCUGAAGAAAUCAAGAGGAACUAUAAUUUAAUAGUUACUGAUGAGCAAUGUAGGAAAGCAAAGACAAAAAUUACAAAGGAAAGAAGAGCCAGCCACGAAUCACAUUUUUCUCGAAUUUGGGACUACGAAGCAGAGAUCCUUCGGAAGAAUCCAGGCACCAUUACGGAGAUUCAGACUAUUCCUGGACCAACACCAGGAAGCAAGCAAAGGUUUGAUCGUAUGUAUGUUUGCUUUGAAGCACAACGAGCAGCUUGGAAAACUACAUGUAGACCUAUCAUAGGACUAGAUGGUGCUUUUCUUAAAUGGGAUGUCAAAGGGCAAUUGAUAGCUGCGGUUGGAAGAGAUGGAGAUAACAUGAUUGUUCCUAUUGCAUGGGCAGUAGUAGAGAUAGAAAACGAUGUUAACUGGAUUUGGUUUGUGGAACAUCUUAAACGAGAUUUAGGUCUUGGUGAUGGCAGCAACAUAACAAUCAUAUCAGAUAAGCAAAAGGGUUUGGUGAAAGCUGUUCACAAUGAGCUUCCACAAGCUGAACAUCGUAUGUGUGCUCGACAUAUUCUAGGAAAUUGGAAAAGAAAUAGUGGUGAUCCAGAGUUAGAGCGGCUAUUUUGGAAAAUAGCACGCAGUUACACUCAAGGAGAUUAUGCAGAUAAUAUGGCAGCUUUGAUGAGUUACAGCAGAGGUGCAUAUGAUUCUCUACAGAAGACCAAUCCUCCUACAUGGUCUCGGGCCUUCUUUAAGGUUGGUUCAUGCUGCAAUGAUAACUUGAAUAAUCUAAAUGAGUCUUUCAAUAAAACCAUUCGUGAAGCUAGGAGAAAACCAUUACUCGAGUUAUUUGAGGACAUUAGGAGACAAUGUAUGGUGCGUACUGCUAAGAGAUCUAUUAUUGCAAAUAGGCUCAAAACUAGAUUCACGAAGAGAGCACAUGCUGAAAUUGAAAAGGCUAUAGAGAUGUCUAAGGAAUGCAUAAGGUAUAUGUCCACCGAUGAUUUGCAUGAGAUAGACUAUCGUAUGAAGCUGUGGCCGAGAUUAAACAGGUUACCCGUCUUGCCACCACCAAAUAGACUAGGAAACCGUGGUAGACCAAGUAACUACGCUAGGCGUAAAAGCAUCAAUGAAGCUACCUCUUCCUCUAAGAAGACCAAGUUAACCAGGGAGAAGCGUAUCAUGACAUGCUCGAACUGUAGGGAAGAAGGAAACAAUAAGUUAUCAUGUUCGGAACCUUCUGCUGAGCCUGAAGCUAAAAGACCAAGGGGUAGACCAAAGAAAAAUCAGGAAGGAGGAUCACACGGAGGAGCACAAGUAGGAUCACAAGGAUAA